CAGCCCUCUAAGGCUGGGGCUGGUGAUCAGCCCCAACAGAGAAAAUGAGGAGUUUAGAGUUGCAGCUGGAGAAGGGGUUUGAAGGAAGUUGGAAGUGGGGAGGGGCGGGGGCAUCUGGUCUCAGAAAUGGACAAAGCUGGAUGCUGACAGGGUGCAGGGCAGGGGACUGGGGGUGCUUGAGUAGGAUGUGAGACUUCAUGGGCCUGGGUUCUGUUGAGUUUUUUCAGUAUCAAUUUCUUAAACCAAAUUUAAAAAAAAACAAGGUGGGGGGGUGCUCAUCUCGUGACCUCUGCCACCCACAUCCUUCACAAACUCCAUGUUUCAGUGUUUGAGUCCAUGUUUAUUCUGCAAAUAAAUGGUAAUGUAUUGGACCCCAUGUGUGGCUUCUGUGCUGUCACCAUCAGUGCCUGAGCCCUGGCUCCUAGCAGAGGCCUCAGAGCCUCUGUGACUGGCUCAUUUUCUGCUGGCUUUUCACCUCCCUUGGCACCUGUCCCCCAGGAGGUGGGCCUAGACAAUUACCCCUGAUCUCCAAAUUGCCCACCCUCUGGGCCUCUGAGCAUCUUCAUUUGUACAACAGGGAGAAUUGUGGGGACCAAAUAGAAUCUGUGUGAAAAAGCACCUUGUCACCUGCAAAAUGCUCUUUGAACAUGAGGCUUUUUUUUUUUUUUUUUGAGAUAGAGUCUUGCUCUUGUCACGAGGGUGGAGUGCAAUGGUGCGAUCUCAGUUCACUGCAAACUCCGCCUCCCCAGUUCAAAUGAUUCUCCUGCCUCAGCCUCCUGAGUAGCUGGGAUUACAGGCGCCUGCCACCACACUCAGCUAAUUUUUGUAUUUUUAGUAGAGACGGGGUUUCACCAUGUUGGCCAGGCUAAUCGCAAACUCCUGACCUCAAGCGAUCCGCCAGCCUCAGCCUCCCAAAGUGCUGGGAUUACAGGCAUGAGCCACCGCGCCCGGCCACGAGGCAUUGUCAAGGUGACCACACCACUGCCCCCUGCCUUCAGGAUGGGAGGCCUUGUUCUCUGAGCGUCAGUCUCUGGCUACCUUACCACGUCCUUGACAAUGUCUGCUUUCAAAUAUCACUUUCUCCUUCCUUCCUUCUUUCUUUUCGCCGCCUGAAUGAAUCUUUUGUUCUGCGGCAAGCCAAGAGAAAAUGGUAGGAUUGAUUCCCAAGUGUGAAAGGGGGGUGGAAGUGGUGUCUUCCAAGAGGAGUCUGGGUGCCCUGCCGGAGAAGGGAAGAUGCAGCGGGGGAGAGACCUAGAACCGCGAUCAAAGCUGCAGCAGCUGCUGGGGCUGGCGGGACAAAGGGAGGAGGGAGGAGCCUGGGCGCUGAGAAAGUUCUUGGGGAAAGUUGAGCUGAGCCAAGAGUCGGGCGGUGGCUGGGAUGGGCGGGAGGGCCCGGCCCGAUUUCCCUUGCUGCUCCCCUUGUGGCCUGGUGAGUGGGAAGUGAAACCAAGGAUAGGACCAGUGGAGGGACCCUCUAAUUUAUGGGAGGAGACAUGAGGGGUUCAUGGAACCCCAGCGGGGGCAACUGACUGGGCAGUCACCAAAGCUGGAGGGGACAGAGGGCUGGGAUCUCCAAUCAUGGGAAGGGAGAGAUGGAUGGAAGGAAAUGAAGAACUGGAUAGGGGACACGCGGCUAGACCCCAGGGGCUGUGAUCGGGGAGGGAAUUGGGGAGUGAUGCCAGAGAGGGCAGGUCUCCGGGAGUAAAAGUGUGGUUUCUCUCUGCUUAGGGUUACCCCUGGCUCAUCGGAGCAGGGAGCUUUCGGGGCUUGUUGGAGGGGCCGUGGUCCCUAAUCGCGAGUUGCAAUCUGAAGGGGCGGGGCCGGACUCCCGGUUGAUUAGGAAGCUCGGGCUUCAGAAGGAACUCUGCAACGCUGACAGAGGCAAAAAUCUGCUAACUCAGGGGGCAGACUCAACCAAGACUGCAAGCAGGCCUGGGGAAUGACCCCCCGAUCUCCAACCAGCGCCUUCUGCAGCUGCACGGCUGUCUCCAGCUGUCUGUGCCCCUGUUCCUGGCCCUGGCUCCAUCUCUGUCACCUCACCCUUCCCUGUGCCACAUGGGCCCUCUCUCUCUUGCCAGGACGCUGCGGCUCUGGGGACCUCGGAGCCUGGGGGUGGCUCUGGGAGUCUUCAUGACCAUUGGCUUUGCACUCCAGCUCUUGGGAGGGCCCUUCCAGAGGAGGCUACCCGGGAUACAGCUCCGACAGCCCUCGGCCCCAUCCCUACGACCAGCCCUUCCAUCCUGCCCACCCCGGCAGCGACUGGUGUUCCUGAAGACGCAUAAAUCCGGGAGCAGCUCUGUGCUGAGCCUGCUUCACCGCUACGGGGACCGGCACGGGCUGCACUUCGCCCUCCCUGCCCGCUACCAGUUUGGCUACCCAAAGCUCUUCCAGGCCUCUAGGGUAAAAGGCUACCGCCCCCAGGGUGGAGGCACCCAGCUCCCCUUCCACAUCCUCUGUCACCACAUGAGGUUCAACCUGAAAGAGGUACUUCAGGUCAUGCCUUCUGACAGCUUCUUUUUUUCCAUUGUCCGAGACCCAGCGGCUCUGGCUCGCUCUGCCUUCUCCUACUAUAAAUCCACCUCAUCAGCCUUCCGCAAGUCACCAUCCUUGGCUGCCUUCCUGGCCAAUCCUCGAGCCUUCUACAGGCCUGGGGCCCGUGGGGACCACUACGCUCGCAACUUACUAUGGUUUGACUUUGGCCUGCCCUUUCCCCCAGAGAAGAGGGCCAAGAGAGGGAAUAUUCAUCCCCCCAGAGACCCCAACCCCCCACAACUGCAGGUCUUGCCUUCUGGUGCUGGCCCUCGAGCCCAAACCCUCAAUCCCAAUGCCCUCAUCCAUCCUGUUUCCACUGUUACUGAUCAUCGCAGCCAGAUAUCAAGCCCUGCCUCUUUCGAUUUGGGGUCUUCAUCCUUCAUCCAGUGGGGUCUGGCCUGGCUGGACUCUGUCUUUGACCUUGUCAUGGUGGCUGAGUACUUCGAUGAGUCAUUGGUUCUGCUGGCAGAUGCCCUGUGCUGGGGUCUAGAUGACGUGGUGGGCUUCAUGCACAAUGCCCAGGCUGGACGUAAGCAGGGCCUCAGCACUGUCAGCAACAGUGGACUAACUGCGGAGGAACGGCAGCUGACUGCACGGGCCCGAGCCUGGAACAACCUGGACUGGGCUCUCUAUGUCCACUUCAACCGCAGUCUCUGGGCACGGAUAGAGAAAUACGGCCAGCGCCGGCUGCAGACAGCUGUGGCCGAGCUCCGGGCUCGCCGAGAGGCCCUAGCGAAACAUUGUCUGGUAGGGGGUGAGGCUUCUGACCCCAAAUACAUCACUGAUCGCCGGUUCCGCCCCUUCCAGUUUGGGUCAGCUAAGGUUUUGGGCUAUAUACUUCGGAGUGGAUUGAGCCCCCAAGACCAAGAGGAGUGUGAGCGCCUAGUUACCCCUGAGCUCCAGUACAAGGACCAGCUGGAUGCCAAGCAGUUCCCCCCUGCCGUCUCACUGCCCCUCAAGACUUCAAGGCCACUCUCCCCAUAAACAUCAGACUACAGACUUAGGGGGAAAAGCAGCCAUGUUUGAAGGGCACAUGUGAUGAGUGGGAGGCAGCAAGAUGCCAUUUCUGCAUCUCCCAGAAGGGAUGAGUCUUUGUCCUGAUGCAAGCCCCCUCUUUGCUGGGCUCCCAGCAGUGCUUCCCUCCUCCACCUUCCACUCAUUUUGUUCUUUCCCCCCAACUUUUUUUUUUUUUAAACGGAGUCUCGCUCUGUCCCCCAGGCUGGAGUGCAGUGGCAUGAUCUCAGCUCACUGCAACCUCUGCCUCCCAGGUUCAAGCGAUUCUCCUGCCUCAGCCUCCAGAGUAGCUAGGAUUACAGAUGCGUGCCACCAUACCCGGCUAAUUUUUAUAUUUUUAGUAGAGACAGGGAUUCAACAUGUUGGUCAGGCUGGUCUUGAACUCCUUACCUCAGGUGAUCCACAUGCCUCUGCCUCCCAAAGUGCUGCCAUUACAGGCGUGAGCCACUAGGCCUGCCCUCCCCUUCCCCUUUCCUGCCCUAAGGCAGAUCCAUAUCACCAAAGCUCCCUAGAGGGGCAAAAGAUGGAGUUAGCCACAGAAAGUUUGGGGCGUGGUGAGUUGGAAUGAUACGUCCAUUUCUCUAUGAAAUAUUUGCUACUAGACUGUUCAUUUCUCUCUGAAAUGUUUGUUGAAUGAAUAAAUAAUUUGAAACUUC